AAAUUUUAAUGUUGCACGAAAUGUGACUCAGCCGAGCUGGGUUUAUUUGUUUGGUGUGUCGCAGGUGCAAUAGAGGAAUGUGGGGCGGCGGCCUUGGACAGCGCCCUGUACGACAGCGUGCUUGCCGUCAAGGAGUCUCUCAGGAUGCACUGCAGUGCUGAACACUUGGGCAAAGGAGGAAUGUACCGGUGUCACUUUUGUCCUUACUGCAGCGAGAGCAUCACUGACGUCCAGAGUCACGAAAGAACACAUACAGGGGGGCAACCUCAUACCCGUGCAGGCAUCAACUGCUCCCAUUGCAGCCCCGCCAUAUUGGCCACUGAGGAGCCCGCGAGGAAGCAACAGAAGAGGGGGAGGCAUCGCUGUCGCUUCUGUCACUACUCGAGUGAUUACACGAAUAAUGUGAAGAAACACGAGAGAAUUCACACGGGAGAGAAGCCCUACGUGUGCCAAGUGUGCUUCAAAGGAUUCACGGAAAAGGGAGCCCUGGACAGACAUUCGAAAGGAGUUCACGAGGGCCAGAGGAACUACAUCUGCGCCAUCUGCGGGCGAGCUUUUAAGCGGAAUCACCAGCUACAGUUUCACGAGAAAUAUAGUACUUCAGAGGGACAACACCAAGGAAUGCGUGCACGCAUAACAUUACCUGCAGAUUCAGGUACGAGAGAGGAAUGUGGAGCGGCCGCCCCGAAGAGUUCCCUCGGCGGCAGUGUGGUUGCCCUGGAAGAGCGCCCCCCGAGGAAGCACCGCAGGGUCGAGUACCUCGGCAAAGGAACGACGCACCAUUGCCGUUUCUGUCCUUAUUGGAGCAAGAGCACUACUGACGUCCUGAGGCACGAGAGGACACACACGGGCGAGAGACCGUACGUGUGUGCAGCGUGUUCCAAGGCUUUCACGCAGAAGGCUUCUCUCGAGAGACAUUUGGGUGCGGUGCACGAGGGGAAACGGCGCCGCAACUGAACACCGGGAGAGACAAUGGCGCUCCCAAAGGUCCUAAAGGAGCACAUGCAGCAGUGCCCUUCCACGGUGCCUGGUGUGGCCCUCGCUUUUCACGCUGUGGUCGGCGCCCUGUGGUGCCUAAGUUACUCGUGCAACCAAUCACUGCUCAGUCACAAUUUUCGCGAGCUAGCUGUAACCUACCUUCUUAUUCCUAUGUGCGACAUCCCCAUGGAACACUCUAGUGGAAGAAGAAACAAAAACAGCUCUCGGGUGCAUACGUUUUUCCCCGUGUUAUCAAAGAAGAAGUGAAAGAAAGAGUAGAGGACGAAGAAAUCAUCAACGUGAAAGAAGAGAAACCUGAUGUCGAACCUGAAACAGUU